AACACGGAAGUCCCAGUUCCCUCAUCCUCUCAUCUGUAACAGAUUGAAAAGCAGUUGACCAAAGUGUAAAGUUGGGGCCCCUGGACACUCAGUCCAAGGCUUUGCAAAUCGUCUCCAGUGGGGCGAGAUGAGCAAGGGAAAGUCGAAGGGGCAGGAAAACGUGCCCAGCUGCCUCCUCAGCAUCCAGGAGAAUGAACGUGUGGAGGACCUGCUGGGCCGGAGAUGCGUGACUCUGGCUACCUCUGUUGUGCAGCUCUUUAUGGCGCUCCCCCACAGUCCAGCGCAUUGGAGUCUUCAGCAUACAGGAGUGGUGUGUUUUGUCAAGGACAACCCUCGCCGUUCAUACUUCAUUCGACUUUUUGAUAUCAAGGAGGGAAAAAUGAUAUGGGAACAGGAGUUGUAUAAUAAGAUGAUUUACUCCAGCCCAAGGCAGUAUUUCCACACCUUCUCUGCUGAUGAUUGCCAAGUGGGUCUGAAUUUUGCCAGUGAGAAGGAAUCUGAGUCUUUUAGAAACAUGGUUGAGGAAAAGAUCAGCCAGCGAGUCAAUCGAAAUGACAAACGAGCGCUACCGGCACCACCACCACCAUCAAAUGGCCCAGGCCCAGUGAUGCAGCCUAGCAACAUGGUCACUGUGGAUAUCCAGAACCCAGACAUACUGCCUUCACGCUACCGCCCUCCGGUAGUCCCCCUGCCGGCCCCCGCCUCUAUGGGCAAGGGGAAGAAAGACAAGAAGGGCAAGAAGAAGGGCCCGCGGAUCACCAAGGCAGACAUAGGGGCUCCCAGCGGGUUUAAGCAUGUCACACAUGUCGGGUGGGAUCCUAACAGUGGCUUUGAUACCAGCAAUCUUGACCCGGAUCUGAAGAAGCUGUUUUCAAGUGCUGGUAUCAGUGAUGACCAGCUAACAGACAAAGAGACUUCCAAAAUUAUCUAUGACUUCAUAGAGCGGUCAGGGGGCCUGGAUGUUGUUAAGGAGAAGAUAAGGGAACAGGUUCCAGGUGUCCCUGCUCCUCCUCCUCCUUCUCGUGGGGAUCGGGGCAUCCCGCCUGUCCCUGACCAACCCCCACGGGCUGCGCCUUCCCGUAACCAGAGGCCUCCACAUCGUGGCCCACUCCCUCCACCUCCCCCUAGCACAAGGGCCCCCCUGCCCCCUCAACCAGCAUCUUGUUUUUACUCUUCUAACCCACCACCCUCACAGUGUGCCUUAAUAGGUGGUGGAGGAGCAGCCCCACCCCCUCCUCCUCCUCCUCCUCCUCCUCCUCCACCUUCCCAAACUACCUGCUACAGCAGUGGUAGUCCUGUUAGUUCUUCUCCAUCCACAUCAUCAGGACCAUCAGGAAGAGGAGCUUUACUGGACCAGAUCCGACUGGGAACCAAGCUAAAGACUGUCACAGAAAGUACCGACCCCCAACCUGCGCCACAGGACCAAAGCGGAGAGGGCAUCGUUGGAGCUCUGAUAAUGGUGAUGCAAAAAAGAAGCAAAGUCAUUCAUUCCUCAGAAGACGAAGAAGAUGAUGGGGGUGAAGAUGACGAUGAUGAUGAGUGGGACGAUUAAUUGCAAUAUUCACAUUCAAUAUUCACAUUCAGCACUCACACACACACACGCCCACAAACAUAGGCUCUUCUGUUUAGGCACUGUGUAUGGUAAGGUAGGAAUGUUAAAGUAUUUAGUGUAGGUUCAAAUUUAGAAAAACAUAUUACAUAAACAUAUUACUAUUUUACAAGGCUUGAAUGGAAUGGGUUGUAAAGAAUUUUUAUGGAAAUACGUACUUUUAUGCAUAUUUGUCUAAACUGAAUAAAACUAACACUGUGCAAUCUUUGA